AUGGUCGAAACACCUAUAUUCCACGGGAUCGGGAAACUGGUUCCAUCCGGUAACACCAUUGUAAUCCGCGAUCGUGCUGAGGACGGUCCACCUGCUACGCGCACAGUCGUCCUCUCCAAUAUCAUCUGCCCGAAGGUGGCCAGGAGAUACAAUGCUGCAUCAGAUGCCCAGUCAGACGAACCCUUCGGCUGGAUGGCGCGAGAAUUCGUGCGCUCCAAGGUGGUCGGGAGGGAAGUGUGCUACACCGUGAAGAACCAAAUUGGUUCCCAUCGUGUGUAUGGUUGUGUGUAUCUAGGAAGAAAUUGUGGUGCUCAAAACCUUGCCCACCUCCUUGUGCGUGAGGGUUUGGCUCGAGUGCGACGCAACGUGAGUCAGAGUGUGAUCAAAAAGAGUCCAACAUUGCAAAUUCUCAUUGGGCUGGAGGAGAAAGCCAAGGCUGAUCGCAAGGGCAUUUGGUCUGGCUCGGAGGAUGGCGCAUCGCGUAACAUCUGCUGGAAAAUUGAACACCCCAAGACCUUUUACGACAUGCAUGCUGGAAAGGCCCUUCACGGUGUGGUCGAGUCUGUUCGUGAUGCCAACAUGCUGCAGAUUCAGCUCUUCCCACUUGCUGAGGACUCUACUCCUACCUAUUACAAUAUCAUGCUGCUCCUCUCGGGCAUCAACACACCGAAAUCGACGGUGCACAGGGGUUCUCGUGUUUACAUGCCAUUUGCUCUUGAAGCGCACUUCUUUGUGGAGUCGCGUCUUCUCCAACGCGACGUUACCGUCAUAUUGGAAGGCAUGCGCAAGAACUGCUUCGUGGGCAGUGUCCUGCAUUCCAAUGGCAAUAUUGCCCUCUCCCUGCUGCGUGCAGGAUUGGCGUGGUGCCUGCAUUGGAAACUGACACAUGUGAGUGAGGCGGCUGGUGGAGCUGAAGCCUAUCGCAGUGCUGAGCAAAUGGCGAUGAAUAGACGCCUUCGCAUUUGGGAGGACUACGCAUCACCGACUGACGAAUUAGCAUGUGUUAUGGAAGGAGCUGCAAAAAUACAAUAA